AUUUUCAUAUUAUUAUGAAAAUAAUAAUCAAAUAUCAUCAAAAGAGUAACCCCACCAGCCACUCUCCCUCUAACCUGUCUCACCAACUCACAUCUAGAAGCAAUUUCUCUCUCUUACUUUCUCUCUCUAUCCAUAUCAAUAGCCUAUAUAAUCCCCUUCAAUUCCUCAAAAGGAGUCAGCUUUGUUGCUUCACCCAACUCCCAAAUUUAGCUUUUUCUUCAUCAUCAUAACAAAUUAAAAAAAAAAAAUCCAACUAAAUUUAACAACAACAAAAUAAAAAGUACUUCUACCAAUCUACCAUAUACCUUAUAACUCAUACCCUCUUUUUUUUUUAUCUUCAACAAUCUUAAGACUUGAUUGAUAAUUGCCAAAGACAAAAAAAAGAAAGAAAGAAUGGGGAGGUCCCCUUGUUGUGAAAAGGCUCAUACAAACAAAGGAGCAUGGACAAAAGAAGAAGAUGAUAGAUUGAUUGCUUACAUUAAAGCUCAUGGUGAAGGUUGUUGGCGUUCUCUUCCUAAAGCUGCUGGCCUCCUCCGUUGCGGCAAAAGUUGCCGACUUCGUUGGAUUAAUUAUUUGAGGCCUGAUUUGAAAAGGGGUAAUUUUACUGAAGAAGAAGAUGAACUCAUUAUUAAGUUGCAUAGUCUUCUUGGUAACAAGUGGUCUUUAAUAGCAGGAAGAUUACCAGGAAGAACAGAUAAUGAGAUAAAGAAUUAUUGGAAUACCCACAUCAAAAGAAAGCUUCUAAACAGAGGAAUUGACCCAAUUACACAUAGAAUUCUUAAUGAGGUUACAUCUCAUCAUCAUGAAUAUUCACAUUCAUCUUCACCUUCACAUUCACCUUCACCAACAACAACACCCAAUUCAACAACAACAACAACAACAAUAUCAUUUUCUGCUCCAAUCACAAUUCCCAAGAAAGAAGAUGUUUUUGAUAUGAAAGAUGACAACUUUAAUCAAGAACCCAGAUUAGAAAAAUGCCCAGAUUUAAACCUUGAUCUGAGAAUUAGUCCACCUUAUCAACAACAGAAUCAUGAGUCAUUGAAAACAGGGACAAGAAUUUGCUUCACUUGCAGUUUGGGGAUGGAAAGUAGUCAAGAUUGUAAUUGCAGUCAAACUAUUGUUGGUUGUAGUACUACCAGCAGUAAUGGUAACAGUAUUUGUUAUGAUUUCUUGGGUUUGAAAAAUAAUGGUGCUUUGGAUUAUAGAAGCUUGGAGAUGAAGUGAAUAAUUGAUUUAAUUUUGAGGAUUAUAUAAUAUAGAUUUAUUUGCUAAAUUUUUAGAUGAUAGAGGAUAUUAAGGAAAGUGAUUUGUGGUAGUUCUUGACAAAUCCUUCUAAUUUUAUCAUGUGUAAUUAGUGGUAGAGUGUAUUAACCUAAAUUUGAUGAUCAUUUACUACUAUUAUGUGCCAUAUGAAUUAUGGAGUAAUAUAACAAUACAUAUUAUAAUUGGGUUUUUUUUUU